AUGCUACUUGAAAGGAAUCAUCGUCAUCAUGUUUUAAAACAUUUGGGGUUUGUGUCAGCUAGAUUAGGUUAUCAUUUUGAUAUGAAGACUAUAAGGACUAUGCGGACUAUGAGAACUAACGGCAAUUUCCUUAUCCCCAGCCAACUAGAUAGCUUACUAGGAACUUCAUGGAUCAGGCAUCACCUUUAUAUAUUAGGACUUGACAUUGUAAAAUUGCAACUAUAUCAGAAGUUUAGCCAUUUAUUGACUGUUGGGGGUGGGGGGAUAAUCAAAACUGUUGUCUUUGAUUUAUCUUCGUUUAUCAAGAGAGAAUUAAAACCCAACGACAUGAAUAGCAAUACAGCUCAACAACUAAGAGAUUUGGUCUAUUUUGGGUCAAAUUCUAAUAAUCCUCCUAAAGAAGGUGGAUCUGAAAGUCCAGAAAUCUCUAAUAGACACAGCAUUUCUGAUUUCAGGUGGUUUUUCAUAGCUGUUGGAUAUAUGAUUGUAUUCCAAUCAGAAAACAAUAUCGAAGAUAUCACAGAUAAGAUUGUUAACAUUUAUAUUAAUUCGAACAAUAAUAGAAUCCUUGAAGAUUAUAAUAGACAAGAUGAUGCUAGUAAUUCAAAAAUAUUAGAAUUAGCAAAAGAAUAUUACGAGAAAGUACCUAUAAAUCGUGCUAAAUUAUAUGGUAAUGAACCAAAAUAUAUUACUAUGUUUGAAACAAAAGAUUACAGAAUAUCAUUGCCACCAUUACCGGAAAUACAUAAUAAAGAGUUACUAGCUAAAUCGCUUAUGCAUAAAGAAUUAUACAGAGGCUUACUAGAUCCAAAGCAUCCGUUCUCUAAAGAAUUAAAGUUUCGGAACAUCAUACUAGAUCAGAAGGCUUAUAAUAUAAUGAAGUAUGACCUAUCCUUUUUAGAUGGUUUAGGUGACUUCUAUCUAGCUCGUGAAUCAUCAAAUUUGUUAUACAAGUAUCGUAGAUACCCAAAUGAUAACCCUCUUCAUCAAUUUGGAAGGAAAUCUUAUAAUUUAUUAAGGACUAUACUAGCCACAAACACACUACUAUCAGAAUUAGCAUUGGCCUACAACCUUCACCAAGGGUUAGAUGAUGUAAUAGUCUUCAGGUUAUUGAGAAAGUCUUAUGUACCACAUUUGAACCAAUGGAAGAACUCUAACUCAGAAUUUGAUAAUAAGGAUGCUAGACGCUAUGAACAGGAAUUUAUAGCUGAUUAUUUUGAACAAUAUGUUGGUGCCUUAUUUUUAGAGCAACCUGAGGUUGCUCAAACAUGGAUUUCAGAAAUCUAUGAAAAUAUUCUACUUCUGAUAUCAGACGUAAAUAAGUCAACCGGAGCUUUUAAAAUCUACGAUUACAAUGCAUGGAGUGCUGAUGUAAUUGGUAGAAGUUUGUAUAAAUGA